CUAAUAAACCAUUUACAUACCCACUUGGAUUGUCUGUGCGAGAAGACGCACCUACAACUUACUGCGAGGUCAUCACAUAUUCAGGCAGUUGACAAGCCGAUAAGCGCAAUACGAGGAUGAGGAUUUAUACCAUUGUUUUAGUGGCAGCGCUAACAAUAAGCGCUGCAUACGCUGGCACCACACAAGUAGCGCCCACACGCUCCGCCACCGAUCUGGCCUACGACAUGUACAAUGGUUGCUUGAAGGACUUCAGCACGAGUUGUGUGCAACCGAAGGCGUUGCAAUGGUAUAAUCAAGCACUGCAACAGGAUGAAAUACAAAUCACCGAUAAACUUUCUAUUGUGCGCACGAGUCGAGUGGAGGCCACGCAACAGCGCUCCCUCAACUCACAAGAACAGAUGUUCAACGAUAUUGACAAUUUCCUAGCCACACAUGCGUUGCGCGUGAAGGCGCCUGAGUUCUUCAGCAGCGAAGAGGCGCGCUCAUAUGUACCUGACUUCUUGUUCAGCAAUGUCUUGACAAAAGAUUCUGUAGUGCCAUUGGCCGAACGUGAUCCCAAUCAAGGACGUGGUAUGGUGCGCAAGGUGUUAUUGCCCUUCCUCAUCGGUUUGAAGCUGAAGACCACUGUUUUGGUGCCACUCGCUUUGGCACUGAUCGCGCUCAAAACAUGGAAGGCCAUGACUUUAGGUCUACUCUCGUUGGUGUUGUCUGGUGCUUUGGUUGUAUUCAAAAUUGCCAAACCAAAGAUCAUCAACUACGAAGUGGUUCAUUACCCACAUCACGUCGAGCAUGUGGAACAUAUCGAACACAUUCCACAUCACAUUGAUCAUUUCCCCCAUCAUGUCGAACACAUUGUGCCACAUCACAUUGACGUCGUGCCCCAUCAUGUGGAUCAUCAUGUCGAUCAUCAUUUGGAUAUACCUCCACACGUGGAACAUAUUGAGCACUUCGAACAUCCAUCACCCGCUUGGGAUCCACACGCUUGGGCGCGUUCAUCGCAGGAGCCACAAGAUGCUCAAGAUAUGGCUUUCGCUGGCCAGAGGCAACCUUAAAUUAAUUCACACUUUCAAUUAAGGAAAAGUAUUUACGAAUGCUCGAAUUCGAAUUCGAAUGGAAAUUGAUGACAAGCAAACGCUAUUAUUUAUUGUUUUACUUAGUUUUAAGAAUGGCUCAAGUCUCCAAAGAA